AAGUUUGCUUGCAUGGUCAGCCAUUGGAUUUCCUGUUUCUAAGAGGGAGUCGAGGGUGUUCAUGCAAAUGAAAACAGGGUCACCUUUCCUUGACGCCGCUUUGGAUACUUUUGUCUUCUGACUGUCUCGUUUGGUUCGAAAGGCGUUAUUUGUUUUGUAUUAGACUCCGAGACCAACUAAGACGGUAUCUCGGCUUGUUGAUAAAUAGGCGGCAGCAGAUGACAGUGACAGGCGGGGUGUUGUCGAUAAGAGAUAAACUUCUCCAAGCGUGUGUGAAAGGCAGAUAAACACUCACUAUAACCGUCACGACUUGACCAUGUAGAGGCAACCAGCUCCCGGAAUCACUCGGCCAUGGAGACGUGACUGCCUGAGGACUGACACAUUUGUUAAAUUGGCGUUGAAACCUGGAGUACAAUGCGUCUUCUAAUCCACAUGUCAAGAUGCACACACGGAGUGUCCUCACCCAAACCCCCGCACCCCCGCUUGUGGUCGCUGACGGUUUCCUCUGGUCCGCAGAGGAAGCGACCAACAGUCGGGCCGAAGACUUUGCUUUCCCCGCCUGCCGGCCUCCUUCUCCCGUCUGUCAUGCCGGCUCUCUCCCGUAAAGAUGUCCGGUCACUCCGCACAUACACUUCCAAGACGCAGACACUCUCUCACACACACUCCGCCUUUGCAAGCUCCUCGGCAGCCUCCACACCCGGAUCAUUGAAGGAACAGACCGGGACAGAGAGUGGACAAACACCGACCAGUGUCCCCCUGGAGGACGUUAAAAGGGUUUUACGACUUGCUCACUCGGAGAGAUGGAAACUAGCAGCUGCUGGGGGCUUUCUCACCAUUUCCAGUGCUGUCACCAUGUCAGCUCCGUUUCUUCUGGGAAGAGUAAUAGACACCAUCUACACAGCUGGAACAGACGCAGAGGCGAUGGCGUCCUCCCUGACGUCGCUUUGCACAAUGUUGACGGGUGUGUUCCUUUGCGGUGGGGCCGCCAACGCCGCAAGAGUCUACCUCAUGCAGACCUCAGGCCAGCAGAUUGUCCGCGAUCUUCGUGCCUCGGUCUUCUCCUCAAUCCUCAGACAGGAAGUGGCGUUUUUUGACAGAAACCAGACCGGCGAGCUGAUUAACCGCCUUUCUGCAGAUACAGCUGUGGUGGGCCGCUCCAUCACAGACAAUAUGUCUGACGGCCUGAGAGCGAUUGCCCAAGGAGCUGCUGGCGUCAGUAUGAUGUUCUACGUCUCGCCCAGCCUGGCAAGCUUCAUGCUGCUGAUUGUGCCUCCUUUGGCCGGCUUUGCUGUGGUUUACGGCAGAUAUCUUCGCUCCAUUUCUAAGCGUACGCAAGACACUCUGGCUCAAGCCACCCAGUUAGCAGAGGAGCGUAUCAGCAACAUACGAACAGUCAGAGCUUUUGGUAAAGAAUUGUCUGAGGUCAACACCUACACACAGAAAACGGACCAGGUCCUCAGUUUGGCCAGGAAGGAAGCUGUGCUACGUGCUGCCUUCUUUGGAGUGACUGGUCUCAGCGGUAACAUCAUGAUCCUGUCUGUGCUGUACAAAGGAGGACUUCUGAUGGCCAGCCAGCACAUGACUGUGGGAGAACUCUCGUCUUUCCUCAUGUACACAUUCUGGGUGGGCAUCAGCAUUGCAGGGUUAAGUACGUUCUACACAGAGCUGAUGAAGGGUUUCGGUGCAGGAACGAGACUGUGGGAACUACUGGACAGAAAGCCUGAAUUCCCUCUUAAUGAAGGCCAAGUUCUGCCUACGGACCAGCUAAAAGGCCGUUUGGAGUUCCGGGAUGUCUCCUUUGCCUACCCAGCCCGUAAAGAGGCUCCUAUCUUUAAAAAUCUUAACCUGCUUGUGCCAGCUGGAACUAUCAUGGCUGUAGUGGGACCCAGUGGGUCUGGUAAAUCAACUCUGGUGUCACUGCUGCUCAGGCUUUACGACUCUGACUCAGGCAUCAUCACUGUGGACGGCCAUGACAUAAGGGACUUGAAUCCAUACUGGCUCAGAAGUCACAUUGGCACCGUCAGCCAGGAGCCAGUCCUGUUUUCUUGCUCAAUUCGAGACAACAUCGCAUACGGCGCGACAGACCCAGACGCCGUGACAACAGAGGAGAUCUACAGGGCAGCCCAAGUGUCCAAUGCAUACAGCUUUAUCCAGGCUUUUCCUAAAGGCUUUGACACUGUGGUGGGAGAGAAAGGAGUGUUGUUGUCAGGUGGUCAGAAGCAGAGGAUAGCCAUCGCGAGAGCUCUUCUUAAGAAUCCCAAGGUCCUGCUUUUAGACGAGGCGACCAGUGCACUGGAUGCAGAGAAUGAGUUCUUGGUCCAGGAGGCUUUGGAGAGACUCAUGGAAGGGAGGACCGUCCUCAUCAUUGCGCACCGUCUCUCAACCAUCCAGAACGCCAAUGCAGUUGCAGUACUGGACCAGCACCGUGUAGCCGAAUGUGGGCAGCAUGCACAGCUUCUUGAAAAAAGACAUGGACUGUUCCGCAAACUGAUGGAGAAACAGGCUUUUCUACAGGAGCAGCAAAAAUGGGCAAUAAGCUGAUUCUUGACAAGUGAUGACAAUGAGGUGAGAUGAAUGUCUACCGCCCCCAGAGGGGGGCAAUGUGUCUCCUCAGCUGGGAGACAAGGUGAAAGAUAAAGGAACAUAAUGAGAUAAGAAGGCCCAGUAUGCUGCAGGUUUCCUUUUCACCAAGCAACAAAGCUGUGUGAAGAACGUAAACAAGUGCUAGGUAGUUACUAUCUUAGCUGUAUGUUAUUAUACACUGACAAUAAAAAGCUUUGAGAUACUGCUUCUCAAAAGGGACACCUGUGGUUUUAAAACACUGUCAUAGUGGAUGUAUAAUAUAUUCAGGUACAUGACACAACAUGUAAAAGUGCAAAUUAAACACCACUGUUUUUAAACUACUACAGCUGGAGACGUAUUAUAGUGUCCCAGCACUCUUGAUUUUCACAACCAAACCAAAACAAGACCGUAUGACGUGAGACCUACUCAAUAUGUAUUUAUAUUGUUAGUGUCUGUAGUUUGGUGGCUGAUUUAACUUGAAGCUCACAAGUAGAGCCUUUUAGAGAGUUUAUAUUAUAGUCCAGAGGUUCCCCAAACUAUGACUGUGGCCCGCCCGAUGGACGUCCUAAGUUAGGAAAAAAAAAUAAAAAUAUAUAUAUUUUUGUAUUAAAACCUUUACUGUGCAGUUGAUCCAGGCCAAAUUAUUUUAACCCACUGUAGCCCGCCCUGUCAAAAUGUUUGAGGACUGUUGUUAUAGUCAUAUGAACCAGGUAUGGAUGACAUGUAGAUACUCUUGGAGAAAAAAAAUCAGCACGUCUCAUAGUUUACACUUAUCUUCUAUUUCAGUAGUACCAUACACAAGUGCCAACUGGAUUUGUAUUGAGAUUCACGAUGAGAACUUAUACUUCAUCUAUUAGAAACAGGGUAUUCUCACACAAUUUUUUUUGUGAUCUGACACUUCAUACAGUGGAACCUCCAAAGUCAAACACAAUCAGUGUCAGGAUGCUGCUUAAUUUGAUUUGUCCCACGGGAAACAAUGGGAAAUAAAAAAUAAUCUUUUCAGGGUCAAACUGUUGCCACCAAAAAACGUUUGUCAACCGUAAAAACAAUGUUUUAAACAGCAUUUCAAAUGUAAAAGUAAGUUCAAUUUCCUAUUAUAAGAUGAGAUAAAAGUAAAAUAGAAUAAAAUUACUCAAUGAUCACGUGAUAUAUCUUGGAGAUAAGGAGAGCGCGUUACUGAGUAACGUGUCACACUCAAUUUGUGUAAAAAAUAAUUCACUGCCAAAUGGUUAAAAACAAAUCAAAUCUCUAUAGGAUAUAUAUAUAUAUAUAUAUAUAUAUAUAUAUAUAUAUAUAUAUAUAUAUAUAUAUAUAUAUAUAUAUAAACCUACUCAGUGAGUUCAAAUCCCGGCCGAGUCAUACCAAACACUAGAAAAAUGGGACCCAUUACCUCCCUGCUUGGCACUCAGCAUCAAGGGUUGGAAUUGGGGGUUGAAUCACCAUAAAUGAUUCCCGGGCGCGGCACUGCUCCUGCCCACUGCUCCCCUCACUUUCCAGGGGGUGAUCAAGGGGAUGGGUCAAAUGCAGAGGACAAAUUUCACCACACCUCGUGUAUGUGUGAGACAAUCAUUGGUACUUUAACUUUAACUUAAACUUUAACUCCGUAACUCCCUUUUAACACGUAUCUCCUUUGCUUUCACUAAAAGUAAAUCAAAAAGCCAUACAAUCUUGUGGAAUUGAUUUUUAGGCUCAAGCAGGGGUGCCUAAACGUGGGGAGCCAAAAUUUGCCCGCCGAGGUGUUAAUACUGUAUUUUAUACUGACCUCUUUUAAGCUCACACAAUUAAUGACAUGUUUGUAAAACUAACUACAGUAGUUGCCAUCUAUCAACAGUAGACUUAAGACUUCCUUUUUAUUGUACUACCCUUUAUACAUGGCGGUAACCUAAAAACCUAACCCUCACUAAUGGUUCUGAAGUACGCUUAAUGAAGCUGUUUGGCCCCCUUGACAUUUUCUCCUUUAGAGCAGUGUACCCCAUGUGAACAUUUUUUAAAUUCAAGUACCCCCUAAUCAGAGCAAAGCAUUUUUGGUUGAAAAAAGAGAUAAAGAAGUUAAAUACAGCACUAUGUUCACUAUGUAUCAGUUUCUGAUUUAUUAAAUUGUAUAAAUGUGCAAAAUAUUGCUCAUUUGUAGUGUCCUUUCCUGAACUAUUUUGAAAAAAAGAUAUACGAAUAACUUAAAACUUGUUGCAAAAUAAACAAGUGAUUCAAUUAUAAAUAAAGAUUUCUACACAUAGAAGUAAUCAUCAACUUAAAGUGCCCUCUUUGGGGAUUGUAAUAGAGAUCCAUCUGGAUUCAUGAACUUAAUUCUAAACAUUUCUUCACAAAAAAAUAAUUCUUUAAUAUCAAUAUUUAUGGAACAUGUCCACAAAAAAUCUAGCUGUCAACGCUGAAUAUUGCAUUGUUGCAUUUUUUUUCAAAGUCUAUGAACUUAAAUUCAUAUUUUGUUGAAGUAUUAUUCAAUAUAUUUAUGAAUUCUUUUUGAAUUGUUGCUAUUUUUAGACUAUUAAAAAAAAAAUCUCACAUACCUCUUGGCAUACCUUCAAGUACCCCCAGGGGUACGCGUACCCCCAUUUGAGAAACACUGCUUUAGAGGGAAAAAAGCUUGUGCACUCCUGCUUUGGAGUCUUACUGAACUGAAGUCUCACAAAAUUUGCUGACGUGUCAUGUGACGUCCCCCCCCGAUGGUUUAGUGUAACUUUACAGGCUUUAAGGAAAGUCUGACUUUGGAGGUUCUGCUGUAUAUAAAACAGUUGUUAGUCCAUCAAGAGAUGUCACAUUCAUGUCAACAAACCUUUAUGUAAGCAUCUGAAAAACCCUUGAAGUAAAAUUAUAAAAAUACUUAUUUAAAACUAGAUAUUUUAGCUGUAACUGUGGUGCAAAUUACUGAUUUGGGGUUCUGAUUUGGGUACUUGUCUUUCUCUAAAAACUAUGUUUGUUUAAACGUACUUUGUCCACUCUGUUCAACCUUGAAAAUCACUCACUUAAGACGCUUAAAGCAUUACAAUGAUAUUAUGAAGUAAUCAUAUGUUCACCAUUUUCCUUUGAUUUUUGUCAAAUGCUGCACAAAACCCAGAUUUUUAAACGGGACAUAAAAACAAAGUGGAAUUUAAUUGCUUGCAUUUUUCUUCAGAUGUUUUCCCUCUGGACAAUUCCUGUUUUAUUGUAAUAGGUUAACAUCAUGGUAAAAGUUUGUUUGUUCAUGUAUUUAUUAUUUGGUAUAUGUUGAAGUUAAUAAUCAUCUGUACAUCAAUUAGAAGUUAUUCAAUGUGUUUAUUUGUCUUAAUAUGAACCAAAUACUGCAUUAAAACCUUACAUUAGUUUUUAACUAUAGGCAAUGCUUGCUCACUCACUCUGCACUCACUUUUAACUAAGAAGGUGCUUAAAAACAUGAUAAAUGUGUCAUUUAUAUUGUAUGUUUAUGUGCCUGGUUUCUAAAUGAUAUGAGAUUUAAUGAUAUAUGUUGGUUUUGAAAUCAUGUUUUGCUAAAUUAUUAUCUUUUUGUGUAAAAAAUAAAUAAAUAAAGAGAAAUAUGUGUUGAUUUUAA